CACUAGCACUCCAGCCAGUGGUAGCCAACGCGUGAACCAGAGUUGCAUAGAGCGCGCUGGAUGCCAUCACCGCGCUGCACAUUACCCAAGAGCAUCUCCUAUGAGCGUCGGCUCAAGCGACUCUGCAUCAGCGUCGCCAAUGCGAUCCACAAACUCCGUGGAGGUCAAGGACGAGACAAUGCAGGAGACGGAAAAGGUGCGACGGAGGGACAAAAAUGCCUGCCUUAAGUUCCUCAUUGACAAUUGGUUUAUGCUUUCAACAGUGGCUGGAGUCUGUCUGGGAUUUGGUCUGGCUUUUACUAUUAGGGCAACUCAACCAGGACCGACUGCCAUCACUUGGAUCGCAAUGCCAGCAGAUGUGUACCUCAGGUUACUUCAAUUGACAAUCCUGCCUUUGAUCGCUUCAAAUCUUGUCAUAGGGAGCCGUGUAUUCACUGGCAAUACGAACAAUACAGCCGCGUCCCUGGCCGCCCAAGGUCUCACUGCAUCAGACGUUUUCAGAGAUGUCAUUUACAAUCUCUUUCCAGACAACAUCGUGGGUGUAACUAUGUUUCAUUUUCAAACGGAAUUUGAUGCGACCACUAACAAAACAAUUUCGGUUUCUAAUAAGGAUGGCACAAAUAUGGUUGGUGUUCUGUUUUGCUCAAUUGUGUUUGGAGCAGCAGCAAAAGCAACAGGCAAUGUUUCAAAACCAUUCGUUGACUUCUUUACGGCCCUAUCGGUGAUUGUGACUAAAAUUAUGUCCGUUUUCCUUCUCAUGACCCCUGUAGCCGUCUGCUUUAUGGUCACCAGCUCGGUGGUUGGCCGGGAGAACAUCGAGUCCGACUUCAUUCAGUUGGGCCUGUUUGUUGUCACCGUGAUCACCGCUCUGGCCAUCCACUUCUUUGCAAUAGUAUUUGUCUACUUCGUCGCGAGCAGAAGGAACCCUCUGCGACUGCUCAAAUAUUCGAGCGAUGCCUUUGUGCUCGCCUUUGCUACAACUAGUCCGUAUGAGCUUAAGGUAAAAAGAUGCUUUUUGUGGUUAGUAACGGCUAUCGGCUCCAACACUUUCCCAAAUAAACUCCUGAACUGCCAUCUGUUAUCCAUGUUUAUUUGCUACUUUGCCAGCGCUUUAGCCUUGCCGGAGACGUACUUGGGGCUGGACAAGUUUGGCGUAAGUCAAAGAGUUACGCGGCUGUUGGGUCCCCUAGCGGCGACCUUGAAAGGCGACGGUCCAGCUGCUUUCAUCACCUCUUCAGUCGUUUUUGUCGCUCAACAAGCCAAAAUCGACCUCAACGUUGGGCAAAUAAUCAGCGUGGUGUUUUUAACGUUCACAUCGUCAUUGGCAGUGCCAAAUAUCCCAAGUGCCAGCAUUGUUCUCGUCGUAACCAUAUUAUCAUCGAUAGGUGUUCCCAGCGAAGGAGCCGGUUUGCUGUUUGCAAUGGAAUGGCUGUUGUAA